AAAGCUCUGCACGAAAAUCACAGCAGAGAUGGCCGCGUUCCUGCAGAGGUUGCGUCAGAAGGUGAAAGUUGGGGUCGUGGGUGGUUCAGAUUUUGGAAAGAUUAAGGAGCAGCUUGGAGAUGACGUGGUUGAAAAAUUUGACUACGUUUUUCCAGAAAAUGGUCUUGUAGCAUACAAAGAUGGGAAAUUCUUGAGCAAGCAGAACAUUCAGGGUCACCUGGGUGAGGACAUACUUCAAGAUCUAAUCAAUUACUGCCUGAGUUAUAUUGCGAAGAUUAAACUGCCAAAGAAAAGGGGCACUUUUAUUGAGUUCCGAAACGGGAUGUUAAAUGUGUCCCCCAUUGGAAGAAGCUGCAGCCAGGAAGAACGAGUUGAGUUCUAUGAACUCGAUAAAAAGGAACAUAUAAGAGAGAAAUUCGUAGCUGAUUUACGAAGAGAAUUUGCAGGAAAAGGCCUCACAUUUUCUAUAGGAGGCCAGAUAAGCUUCGAUGUGUUCCCAGAUGGCUGGGAUAAGAGGUACUGCUUAGGAAUCGUUGCCGACGAUGGAUACGAGACUAUUUAUUUCUUUGGAGAUAAGACUAUGCCCGGAGGGAAUGACUAUGAAAUUUUCACAGACUCCAGAACAGAAGGCCACAGCGUCACAUCCCCACAGGAUACACGAAGAAUCUGUGAAGAGCUAUUUUUUAAAUAAAAGACUUCUAGAGUUCACACUUACAAAACGGUUAAGACAGCUUAAUAACGCAAAACAUCUUCCUUCAUUCUGUAUUGUUUUUCGUAAUUGGUCGGUCACUACAGAAGGGAAGCUGCUAUUUAAAAGAUGAACCUUUUAGAGGGUUUUUUAAAAUACUACCUUAUGGCAUACAGACAUGAAUUAGAAGACAGUUGGGAUUUUCUUGUUUAAAACUGGAAGAUGAGUAAGAGAGACAGGUUUUCUUUCUUUCUGGGGGUGGGAAGGUAGAACUGAGCCAGGAGUCCCCGACCUCACACGUGUUCCAGUGCACGGUCGGAAGGUGCGUCGAGUUACCCCCACUGGAAAGGCUGGACCAACCGGUGCUCGAGUUACCUCCUUGGUGCAGUUGCGGUGCCAAUGCACAGGACAGCUCACAGUACCUACGCUUUUUGCUGACUGUUUUUAAAUCUAAAAAAUAAAAAAAUUAAUUAGAACAACUUGAGCAUAGCAGCAAAAUUACAUUUCUGAUUUUCCUGGUAAGACAUUAAGGGUAGAUGAGAUUUUAGUACUAAGAAAAGUGUUUCUAUUAAAAUUCAAGUUGAAGCACGACAAUCAGUGUAACUGUCAGUAUCACUUUUCUCAUCUGGCAUUAGGAAAGUAAUCUUGUGUAUGAACAGUUUAAUUUAGUACAGGAGAAUAAAAUCUCAUUUUAUCAUGAAAAAUUACUAUUUCAUCAUUUUGGCAAAUAAAAUACGUAAAGCAGA